AACAUGGAGAGGGAAAGACUUGUCCAGAGUCAUACAAGAGAAUGACAGCGUAUAUAAGAGGGCUCAAGCCUUCUUCCUCAACCAUGACUUGAACCCUGAUUUUACGCUCCACACUGAUCGAGUCUAUGAAACCCCAGAUGGAAAGUGAGGGGAAAUGAUCCUCCCUCCCAUGAGCCAUCAAAAAAAUGAGACCCUAAGUUGGAUGUAUUCCCCAAGGCUUCCCUCUCAGUCUGGCCUGGCCCAGAGGUGGCCUCAGGAACCAACAUGACCCUCCUGUGUAAGGGGCCCUCUUGGAGUACUGGGUUUCUUCUGCACAAGGAGGGAGAUGAUGAAAUCCUGCACAGCACAGAUAUCAUUCAGGAUGGAGCCCAGUUCUUCUUGCCUCAUGUGACUACCAAGCACUCUGGCAUUUAUACAUGCAGCUACCAGCCCAGCACCAAUGGCAGUCUCUGGAUACAGCACAGUGAUCCUGUGGAGCUAACUGUGAGAGUGCCCAGAAUCAUCCUCAUCAUCACCCUCAGCUUUGUCUCCAUCUUCCUCCUCUGUAUUCCCCUAUUGGCAUUUCUUUGCCAUUCAUCCAACUCUAUGGGAGCCUUUCCAGGAGAGGACCCUAGGAGGUGCUUCUGCUGCCAUUGUCUUUCCCAGACAGUCUCCCCAUCUCAGCACCUUGAGGUCCCCAAAGAAGAAAUCCUAUAUAUAGAAGUGGUCAAUGCGAAACCAAGGGAAAGAAUGGUGACCAUAGCUGAAGACCCCCAAGGAGUGACUUAUACUCAGCUGAACACAAGAACCGUAAAAAAGAAGCAAAGAGACUCCAGGGAGGAACCUAUAGAGUCCAUAUUCUAUGCCACUAUGUCGUUUGACUGAGGGUUUUGGCAUCAUUCAUGAAGAAAUUGUCUCUUUUCUUCUUCUCUCCCUCACCCCUAUUUACCUCUUGCCUUGCAAACCUUCCCAGGUUCCCAUCACUAGAAAGUCAUGAUGACUAUUAGGGAUAUUUACUGGAGUUAUGCAAACACAGUGGACCUUUCUACAACCAGAGAAGCACAGAAGAAUCAUACAGAGUUGGAUGGGGAUCUCUUGCUGAAGAAUGUGGCAGUGACUCAGGUGUAGACCAAUAAAAUUGAGGGAAACA